UUGGGCCGUGGCCCGUGAAUAUUUAUUAAAAAAACUUGUGGUAGUUUGAACAACUUCUGUCGCUUGCUCUGGAAACAUUACUAUUCGUCAACACUGAAAACGAGUCUCUCUCUGUUCAUUCAAGUCUCACCGUUUUCUUCAAUCAGAAAACUGUGAAAACAAACCAUGAAUUAUGGCGAUGGAUACGCUGUUGAAGUCACCGGUCUCUCUCCCAAUGCCACCGAUAAAGAUGUCUCUGAGUUUUUCGCUUUCUCUGGUACCAUUCAGCAUCUUGAAAUUAUCAGGUCUGGUGAUUAUGCUUGCACUGCUUACGUGACCUUCAAAGAUGCAUAUUCUCAAGAAACUGCAUGUUUACUCAGUGGAGCCACUAUUUUAGAUCAACGUGUAUGCAUAACACGCUGGGGACAGUAUGCAGAAGAAUUUGAUUUUUGGAACACGCCCUCCCGUAGUCACGAGGAAGAGAAUUAUUCAACUACACACCAUAGCAGUGAAUUUGUUUCCUCUGCUGGAGAAGCAGUUUCCAUGACUCAAGAAGUUGUCAAGACCAUGCUAGCAAAGGGAUAUAUUCUCAGUAAGGAUGCACUAUCUAAGGCCAAAGACUUUGACGAGUCACACCGCGUUUCUGCCACUGCAACAGCCAAGGUUUCUGAAUUGAGCCAGAGAAUCGGCCUCACUGAUAAGAUAUCUGCUGGCUAUGAAGCUGUUAAAUCUGUCGAUCAGAAGUAUAAUGUCUCUGAAACAACCAUCGCAGCUGCAUCGGCAACUGGAAGAUCAGUAGUAGCCGCUGCAAACUCUGUCGUAAAUAGUAGCUAUUUUUCAAAGGGAGCCUUGUGGAUGUCUGGUGCUCUAACCCGGGCAGCUCAAGCUGCAUCUGAUUUGGGCAACCGUGGUACUAGGCAGUAAGGCAUUGAAAUUGUUCUACUCUUAUAUUUCUUGUAUAUAUCUGCGCCUCUGCUAUAUAACUUCUUUAACUUUUACAGUACCUACUAGACACUAUUGUACAAUAUAGGCUUGAACAAAUUUUCAGUUUCUACCUUAAAACACUUUCUUUGUAUCGGUUUUAAUUCGUAAGAAAAUAAGACGAUUUGCUUUUGGUCUUCA